AUGGAUUACGGUCUUGAACUCUCCUCUUCAUCCUCUUCAUCAUCAUCGGAAGAUGAGGCUAUGCCAAUGAAUUCCUCGAUGAAAGUUCACCCAAGAAUAAUGCUCAAUCUGGCAGUUUCAAAGCGCCGGAAGCUUCUCGACAUGAAAGAACGCGACUUUCGAUGCGAAAUUCUUCAGAACUAUUUUAUUCAGCGACUGACAAGGCACUUACGCGACUGUCGGAACAAUAGGAUUGCUAGAAAAAGAUCGAGAAGUUUCGUGAUACGUGAUAGUCAAAGCUCAACACUGUCCCGCGAUGAGGAACAGAGUGCGCCAAGUUCCAAGGUUACAAAGAAAGCCGACAAGAAAGAGUAA